CGCGUUCCCUCAGUCUAGCUCACCCACUGAGAGGGUUCGCUCGUACAAAAACUAUCACCAUGGCCCGUGGAUUUGCUGCCUUGAGCAUCGCCGUGCUACUGACGGCAUUCGAAUUCGGUUCGUGUUUGAGAUGUUACCAGUGUAAUUCACAAUCGGAUCCGACUUGCAAGGAUCCAUUCUCUGGGAAAAAUAAAGUGGAAUGUUCUACCCAGGACUCAGUGAACUACAAUCGCGCAUAUUUGCGUGGCAUCUUGCCCAACGAGCUGGUGGAUGCUAUCGCGGGCGCUCCUAGAUACUGCCACAAGAUUGUCAUGCAGAAUGGCGCAACUAUUCGAACUUGCUUGGACGCCAACCCUACCGACUUGAACCAGACUUGCCGUGCUCUUGAAAAUGCUUCGAAAUUGUCACCCAUGGACCAGUCAAAGCAAGUCAAGCAUUGUCAAGUUUGUGACAAGGAUGACUGCAAUGGAGCUGGAUCUAUCGCUCUCUCAUUCCCACUGGCCGCUUUAGCGCUUAUCGCUUCGUAUCUCUUUUACAAACAAUAAUAAGAAAUUAAAAUAACAAUGCCAUUGGUACGCUUUGCAACGCACCAACUGCUUUACGCAAAUGCUAAAAUUAUUUGGUGUGCCAAAAUAUGAAAUACCUUUUUAACUAGAACCGUCCAAUAUCAUUGUUAUUUUAUGCUUUGUUAUUUUUAGACAUAACAAAUAUAUUUAAGAUUAAUAUUUUAAUUCAUUAGAAGACAGUUGUACGUAAUGUUUUUCGCAAACAAUCAAAUACCAAAAUGAUAUUUAACAUAUUAUAUUUUAAUUAUUGUACCAAGUUUAAAGUUUUUAAUUUACAUAUUUUUAAUAUUGACAAGAUGGAAAGUUAUUUAAAAAAAAUGUUGUUCUUUAAAUAUAAAAUUUAAUGUUGUAUAUUGUUGUAUUAGCUUUGCUUUACAAAAUUAAUGCCUUGAUACUUUCUGUUUUGCAUAAUGUGUAAAGAAAAUAUUUAAAAAGCAUUUAUGUAUAUAAGUAGAAUUUGACCGUCCUUUUAAGAUGAACGUAUUUUAAUAAAAAUCAAUA